UUAAAUUAAUAAGGCCAAGAAAUUUUCUUUCUUAUUCUGUUUUGGUAAUUUUUGGACAAUACACAAAUAGAAAAUAUGCCGAAAAACAUUCCCAACAGACAACCUAAAAUAGAGCAAACUCUUCUUCCAUCGCCCACUGUUGGGGGAAAACCUUUGAGGAAAUGAAGCUCUGGAUGAGGGCCGCCGGUGCCCUCAAAGACCAGAGAAGCAUUCUCCUCGUCAGCCUCUCUCCCCGCUCGGCUUACCGGAACCCUGAUCUUGAAGCAGCCAUCAUUAAGGCAACUAAUCAUAAUGAUAGCUCUAUUGAUUACAGGAAUGCCCAGAGAGUUUUUGCAUGGAUUCGUGCUUCUCCUGUGAGCAUGAAACCUCUAAUUCGAGCUCUCUGUUGCCGAAUGGAGAAGACGCAGAGCUGGGUCGUGGCUCUCAAGGGUUUGAUGUUAAUGCAUGGCAUUUUUUGUUGCAAGACCCCAGCCGUGCGAAGGAUUGGAAGAUUGCCAUUUGAUCUCUCACAUUUCAACGAUGGACACUCCAAAACAAGCAAAACGUGGGGAUUUAAUGCCUUCAUUCGCAGUUACUAUACGUUUUUAGAUCAAAGAUCUACUCUUUUAUAUUUCCAACGCAAGCAAACUGAAGAUACAAUGGUGCAGGAGAUUGUAAAGCUGCAAAAAUUGCAAACUUUGCUUGAUAUGCUUCUUCGAAUCAGUCCACAGGCCACUAACAUGAGGGAAAGCUUGAUUCUUGAAGCUAUGGAUUGUGUGAUCCUCGAAAUAUUUGAUGUUUACAGCAGAAUUUGUAAUUCGAUUACAAAGGUGCUGUUGGGAAUAUACUCAGCUGGGAAGCUUGAAGCGAGAAUGGCACUUGAGGUUCUUCAAAAGGCAGUGAUUCAAGGCGAGGAUCUUGCUCGACAUUUUGAGUUUUGCAGGGAGUUUGGUGUCUUUAACGCAAUGGAAGUCCCUACAAUCACUCAAAUCCCAGAAGAAGAUAUCACAGAUCUUGAACGUAUAAUUAAUGGAGUUCCUGACAAAACCCAAGUGAAUUACGAUUACGUUGAUGAUAGUAAAGCUAUAAUGGUAAGAGAAAAUUCUUCUGCCAUUGUUGAAGACAAGACCCCCAAUAGAUUAAAGACGAUAAUAACAGACAAAUGGGAAGUUUUUUAUGAAGAAAGGAGUGAAAUCUACGAUUAUAGAACCGGAAACCCUCCAAAUUCUUCUCUUCUUCCUUUUUUGCCUGUUUAUAAACGAGAACUUCCAGAUUUAAUUAGUUUCUAGAGCUUAGAUUUUGUUGGGGAGGUAUUUGACCUCUUGGCUUCAACGAGAGAACUUCAUCAAUGGAUGACAUUUUGUUGGAAGAGAGGAAACUGGGAAAUCACUUCUAAUUCCUUGUGAAUUCUUUCAAUUUUUUUGAGUAUAAAUACAAUAUAUUCCUAAAGCAGGUAAAUAUAUAUAAAGGUUUGUUCA